ACGAAGAAACAAGAAAGAACCCCAAAACAUUAUUUUAUAUUUUUUUAUUCCACAUUUAUUUAUUUCCCAAAUCUCAAAAAAAAUUCAAAAAUAAAAAAAGAAACAAGAGAGAGAGAGAGAGAGAGAGAGAUAAAUAACACGAAAAAGGAACAGAGCGCAAUUUCAAUUCAAGAGAAAGGUUUGAUCCUGCGAUUUCGAACGAAACAUUGAUUGUUCGUUCAUGGUCAACAACAAUCAACAUCCCUAUCGAUACGAACAAGACAAACCUUUUUCCUCUUCUUCAAUCUCCGCCCCUUGUUUGUUCCAGUUUUUGAUUGGCUGGAUGGAGUAGGAAAAGUUGUAGCAUGCCAUAAAAAUAUUCAAAGCAGAUGAAUUGAGCUAAAGUGGAGGAGAUCUGGUUCCCACUUCCCAGUCAUUUGGAAAGAAAGACUGCAGAUCAGGGUCCAUAAUGGCUCCUGGAGGCGGUGUUUUCAAAGAAGUUCUUGAAUCUCACCUGCUGUCUUCAGAUUAUGAAACAGGCAAAGCUAAAUCUGAGGCCAAGAGUUCCAGUACAUUUCCAAAAUCUAGUGUUGGGUCGACUGGAAAGAAUGAAAUUAGUUCAAAGAAUGGCGUGUAUGACUUACUCAAGUGUCCUGUCUGCAAGAAUUUGAUGUAUCCCCCAAUUCACCAGUGCCCAAAUGGCCAUACAUUAUGUUCCAAUUGUAAGAUUGAAGUCCAUAAUAUCUGCCCAACCUGCGACCAUGAUCUUGAGAAUAUAAGGUGUUUGGCUUUGGAGAAAGUGGCAGAAUCUUUGGAGCUUCCUUGCAAAUAUCAGAGCCUAGGUUGUCAUGAUAUAUUCCCAUACUAUACUAAGCUUAAGCAUGAGCAGAGUUGUGGAUUUCGUCCAUACAAUUGCCCAUAUGCUGGAUCUGAGUGCUCUGUGAUGGGUGACCUUCCUACUCUCCUUGCCCAUCUAAAGGAUGAUCACAAGGUUGACAUGCAUGAUGGAUGCACCUUCAAUCAUCGAUAUGUCAAAUCAAAUCCACAUGAAGUUGAGAAUGCCACAUGGAUGCUAACUAUUUUUAAUAGUUUUGGGAGACACUUCUGCUUGCACUUUGAGGCAUUCCAGAUUGGCACAGCUCCAGUUUACAUGGCCUUUUUGCGGUUUUUGGGUGAGGACAGUGAAGCAAAGAAAUUCAGCUACAGCUUGGAAGUUGGCGCAAAUGGCCGCAAGCUUACAUGGCAAGGAAUUCCGAGGAGCAUUCGUGACAGUCAUCGGAAAGUUCGAGAUAGUCAAGAUGGUCUUAUAAUUCAGAGGAACCUUGGCCUUUAUUUUUCUGGUGGGGAUAGACAGGAGUUGAAGCUGAGAAUCACAGGUCGUAUAUGGAAAGAAGAAUGAGAGGUGUAAAUGUAAUAUAUUAGGGAUGUCCACGUCCAAGCAAUUAUUGUACACAACCUGCUACGAUUGUUUUGAGAUUUUGCUGUGUGCCAAAGAAUGAAGCAUCAGUGCUUUAACUUAUAUCUAUAUAUUCCCUUUCAAUUACCUCACUUUAUGUCGUACGUGUAUGUUUGAAUACUAGUUGUGUGCAUUUGAAUAUCAGUGCAACGUGCAAAUAUUUUCAUCUCAA